AUGGAGCAGACAACAAAUGUAAUUUUAUUUGGAGCCACCGGAUGUGGAAAGUCCACAAUUGCUAAUAUGCUGUAUAAAGGUAAAAUUUAUGAAAAUGAUAAUGAAUUCGAAAUUAAUGAUGGAGGAAAAGGAUGUACUCCGGAUGUCACAUUUAAAUUUAAUGAAGAAUUUGGAAUAUUUGAUACAGUUGGGUUAGGGGAACCAAAAGGUGCAACCAUUCUCGUAAAAGCUUGGAUUACUCCCAAGUAUUUGAAACAGCUUCUGACGAUUACAAUAGAUUUCUCAGAAGUCUUAAAUGAUGAUGAAAGCCUUUUACAAUCCCCUGUGUUUGAUGUAAAAUAG